AUGUUUUGGCCCACUGUACACUCCCGGGGCUGCCCCGUCCCCGGCCCCGUCACCGCCCCCUGCGCUUCCCCCUCUCUUUCCGACCAACCUCCUCCUCCUCCUCCGCCGCCGCCGCCGCCGCCGCGCUUCAAAGCGACAGUGAGGCGGUCUGCGCGACGCGAACCAGUCGUUGCCAGCCCGCGGACGCCGAUAGACGCGAUCGCAGUGAUUGGCGGCAGGCGCUCUCCACCGCCGCUUGGCUCCAUCGCAGGGACCGACGAGGGACUCGUUCCAAUGGAGCAGGACACCAGAGCAAAUAAUGCACGUGGUUGA